AUGAGGGAACCUUGGUGGAAAAACUAUCAUAUUUUAAAUGGGACUCAAAUCCAAAAUCAAAACAUAUCUAUUUUGUCGACGCAGGGAAAUAUUGAGGUUCCUCUAUCCAUAAUUGAUGGAGACGAGCGUAACCGUAUUCUAACAGGUAUGACAAUUUCUGUUCAAUUAGCCUUGGGAGUGUUGAUUAUGGUGAUGAGUAUUCUCUUAUCAUCUCCUGAGAAAAGAAGGACCCCUGUAUUUAUUGUGAAUUCUGCUAGUAUCGUCUCUAUGUGCAUUCGCGCCAUUUUAAUGAUUGUGAACUUGUGCAGCAGCAGUUAUAGUCUUGCAGUUAUGUAUGGAUUUGCUUUUGAGCUUGUUGGUCAAUAUGUUCACGUAUUUGAUAUUCUAGUUAUGAUCAUCGGUACGAUUAUCAUCGUUACGGCGGAAAUUAGUAUGCUCUUGCAAGUUCGUAUCAUAUGUGCACACGACAGGAAGACUCAAAGAAUUGUGACUUGUAUUAGUUCUGCUUUAUCUCUUAUAGUAGUGGCUUUUUGGUUUACCGAUAUGUGUCAGCAAAUCAAAUACCUUUUGUGGUUGACUCCAUAUAACAACCAUCAGAUUUCUGGAUAUUAUUGGGUCUACUUUGUCGGCAAGAUUCUUUUUGCUGUUAGCAUCAUCUUUCACAGUGCAAUCUUCUCGUACAAGCUGUUCCAUGCGAUACAGAUUCGAAAGAAGAUUGGUCAAUUUCCUUUUGGCCCUAUGCAGUGUAUUUUAAUUAUUAGCUGCCAAUGUCUAUUCGUACCUGCUAUCUUUACUAUCGUCGAUAGUUUUGUUCACACUUAUAAUGGCUUCAGUUCUAUGACCCAAUGUCUAUUGAUUAUUUCGCUCCCGCUUUCCAGCUUAUGGGCAUCCAGCACAGCAUUGAAGCUUCAAACUCUAAAGAGCACAACUUCUCCUGGUGAUACGACACAGGUUUCCAUCCGCGUGGAUAGAACAUACGACAUUAAACGCAUUCCUACUGAAGAGCUUUCCAGUGUUGAUGAGACUGACCUCAAGAAAUGGCCCUAA